CUGGCGGUAGUGCCAUGCGCUGGGAGAGUGUGCCACAGGGGACAAUGGGGCGCAAUUAGUGGACAACAGUCCGCUGUGCUUGGCGGCUAGUGGGCCCGGACCUGGCCUGAAGCCAAAAGGUGGGGUUGGGUAGUUGGCGGGGGUCAAUUGACAUCACCAAUAUUUUGCGCGGCUCCGCGAGGCAAUCUUUCCGUCCUUCCGCCAUCAAAGCAUCUCCUCUGAUGAACUAUCUUCGAGCUUCACAGAGAAUUACCCACAUUCAAUCGCUUCUACAUCGCCCUAUUUCUGCAACUACCAGUCUCCCUUUAAACCAAGUCGCAACCAUGGCUACCACUACUGACACCAGCAAAUACAAAUUCAAUCAUUCCAUGAUUCGAGUCAAGGAUCCCAAGGCAUCCGUCAAGUUUUAUGAGUUCCUUGGAAUGUCCAUCGUUCGUAAGCUCGAGUUCCCAGAGGCCAAAUUUGAUCUCUACUUCAUGGCCUAUGACAGCCCCAAGGCCCUGUCCCACGGCAACAAGGUCCUCGACCGCGAGGGCAUCAUUGAGCUGACGCACAACUACGGCACCGAGGAGGACCCCGAGUACACCAUCAACAACGGUAACAAGGAGCCUCACCGCGGCUUUGGCCACACUUGCAUCAGCGUCGAUAACCUCCAGGCCGCUUGCAAGCGCAUUGAAGAUGCCGGAUACAAGUUCCAGAAGAAGCUAUCCGAUGGCCGCAUGAGAAACAUUGCUUUCGCUUUGGAUCCCGAUGGCUACUGGGUUGAGAUUAUCGGCCAGAAACCUCUCGAGGAGACGGAAAAUGCCACCACCACCGACGUCGGCACCUAUCGAAUGAACCACACCAUGCUGCGCGUCAAGGACAUUGAAAAGUCCCUCAAGUUUUACCGCGACGUCCUCGGUAUGAGCCAGAUCCGCAUGGUGGAAGCCGAAGCUGCCGGCUUCAACCUCUACUUCCUAUGCUACAACGCCGACGACGGCGUCGCGACUCCUCUGCGCGAAGGCCUCCUCGAGCUCACCUGGAACUAUGGCACCGAGAAGGACGAUGCCUUCCAGUACCACAACGGCAACGACCAGCCCCAGGGUUUCGGCCACAUUUGCGUUUCCGUGGACGAUCUCGAUGCCGCAUGUGCCCGCUUCGACUCGCUCGGCUGCACGUGGAAGAAGCGCCUCACCGAUGGCCGUAUGAGGCAUGUCGCAUUCCUUCUUGACCCUGACAACUACUGGGUUGAGGUUGUCCAGAAUGACAAGUACCCAAGCAAGUAUAACGGCAUGUAAGCUGUUAAGCCUAUGUUUAAUGAAUGAAUUGGGCGGCGCAUAUAUAGUGGCGGCCAAGGAGCGGGCCGACUGUGUAGAGUUUACUGAAUAUAACGAAGUUGUUUAAAUC